GCGCUGUCUGGGAGGACGGGACGGACACGCGUCCGGGAGAUUUGUCAUCCCGCCGGUGAAUAAGCGGAGAUAGGUGCCCGCGGAGGGAGGCUCGGAGCGGCCGGAGUGCCGGCCGGAGGGAUGCGCGUCCCGCGGGGCUGCCCUGCUCUGCUCGCCGCUCUGACACCGGGCACUGUCCCGCCCGGGGCUGCCGCUCAUCCAAGGACUGUCCCCGAGCGCCACAGACCAGACGUGGCUUGGUGAGGUGACAGCUCUGUUCAUCUGCCGGCAUGGGGCCUUGGUUAUGGACACAAGUGCAAGGCCAUUGGAAAAGGCAGCAGCAACAAUGCAAUAGUCACCAGCAAUCCCAUGACAGUUCAAGAGCUGGGAUUUCUUUCACCUUCAGUGAAUCAGCUUCCAACAGCAUGCAGCCAGAUCAGCUCUAGCUUACCAAGGUCUAUGGAUGCUUCCAGCCUGAGUGCUUCUCCAUCAGAUACAAGGUCACUCUUGUCGUGUGAGUCUCUGGCCUCUACAACAUUAAGCUUGUCAGAAGGCCACUCCCCUUUGAGUGCUGAACAAGAGUGGUCACACAGGCACGGGACACUUUCCUCUGUUCCUCCUGACCAUGGUUUACAAAACAGCAGUGACCUGGGGGACUUAAUGAAUUUUUCACCUGAAGCAUCUAUGUCCAGUAACUCACUGCCAUCCUACUUAUAUGGCAUGGAAAAUAAGAAUACCCCUUACUCUAGCCCUUGCCAGCCCUCAGUCUGGUGUCAGUCAGCCCGCUCCAAAAAGAGAACACUCUCUCUGUCUCCUCUGUCUGACGGCAUUGGGAUCGAGUUCAAUACAAUCAUCCGAACAUCCCCAACUUCCCUGGUGGCCUACAUCAACAGCUCCAGGGCAUCGCCGGCGAGCGCCUCCCCACAGCCCGAGGUCUACGGACAUUUCCUGGGGGUGAGAGGGAGCUGUAUACCCCAAAACUGCUCUGUUCCUGCUGCCCACAUGGCGAACGGCAGCGCCCCUUUCCCGGGCUACGCCGAGAACGGGACGGGCGCGUACCAGCAGCCGGAGCAAGCCAGCCUGCAGGUGAUUCCCACAAACAACAUGGUGAUCCAGCAGGGCCUGCUGCCCGCGGACAUCCUGAAAAACGAGCAGCUGGAUGACUUCUCAGGCGCUGUUGACAUGUCCCUUCCACCCCUGGAGCUGCCACCUCCUCCCCGCGGGCCACCCCCGCCGUACCCUGCCCGCCAGCCCCCUCACGGCCUCCCCGGCCGCCCGCUGGAGGAGGAUGGCGAGCUGGAGGAUGGCAGUGGCAGGCACGGCUGCUGCUGGGUGGACUGCGGGAAGGUGUACGAGCACCAAGAGGAGCUUGUGAGGCACAUAGAGAAGAUGCACAUAGACCAGAGGAAGGGGGAGGACUUCACCUGCUUCUGGGCGGGGUGCCCCCGGAGGUUCAAGCCGUUCAACGCCCGGUACAAACUGCUGAUCCACAUGAGAGUCCACUCGGGGGAGAAGCCGAACAAAUGCACGUUUGAGGGCUGCAAGAAAGCCUUUUCCAGGCUGGAGAAUCUCAAGAUUCACUUGAGGAGCCACACGGGCGAGAAGCCGUACCUCUGCCAGCACCCUGGCUGCCAGAAAGCGUUCAGCAACUCCAGCGACCGCGCCAAGCACCAGAGGACACACCUGGACACUAAACCUUAUGCAUGUGAGAUUCCAGGAUGUACUAAGCGAUACACAGAUCCAAGUUCCCUGAGAAAACAUGUGAAAGCCCAUUCUUCCAAAGAUCAACAAGUCAGGAAAAAGUUGAGAUCAAGCUCAGAGAUUGGCCAGGACAUCCUGAAUGACUGCCUUGCAAUCCAGUCCCUCCAGCCAGCCCUGUCACCACAUGAUGCUGUAGAUAAUACCUUAGGACACUCCCCAGGGCCUGCUUGUGAUAUCUACCCAGCAGCUGUGAUCCCCAGCACACAGAUAAAUCAAAGUGGAGCAGCAGCUGGGGCAGUGUCCUUGUCCCACCCCAGCAGCCACUCCUCCCCAGGACACAACCUCCAGGGCAGUCCUCUGCAUCCUCCCCAGAUACCUCUUCUGGCUGCUGCAGACUCAGAGAGGUUUGUUGCUCCAGCUCCUUCUCCUCACCACAUCAGCCCCCAAGGAAUGUCCAUUCCACAUCCCAUGAUGCAGAGACAGACUCCACAACCUCCUCAGCUUCCACAGCUUGCAGGGAUGCCUCUGAAGACAUACCAGCCAGCAGAAAGCCCUUCUUUGCAGCCAAGUGCCCUCCACAUCCAGGGUUUUUAUGGGCAGCUUCAGACUUUCUGCCCCCCACAUUACGCUGACACUCAGAAGAACAUCCAAGACAGUGUUUCUUGCAGUAUGGUUCCUUCUCUUGACUGCUCAGCUCUCUCCUCAGCGGGCCAGGCAGGGCUUGGCAUUUUCCAUCGAGGCUUUUCAGACCAUUCUGGUAUCAAAGUGUAUGAUUUUCCAGCAGGGUCUGUAGGUAUCUUUGGUGAUUCAGCCUGCAGCAUGCCAGAGGACAGCAGUUUCCUGCAAGUAAAUGCAGUGGAUCAUUGUUCCAGCCAGCUUUCUUCUGUGUACACUGAAGGAUAAAGUAAUGCAUAUCUGAUUCUGUUUCAUCUUGCCCUCCUCUUACUUCCCUACAAAUCUUUUCUCUCCAUGAAACUGCCAUGUGUGUAUGGGGAUAUGACUAGAUAUACAUACAUGAUGGAGAGGAAAAAACAAUUACCAAGCAUUCUUCAUUUAACCAAGGGGCCAGCUGAGAAGGAGAAUGUUUGGAGAAAGCAAGCUUUGCCAAAACCUUAACAAUUGUUUCUUUUCUUCUCAUCUGUCAUACAGCAACUAUACUUUUAAAGUUACUUCCUCUUUUACUUUCUCAAAGGGAAUUCAGAGACCAAAUAAUAAAACUGGUUGUUGGCUGGAAUCCUUUCAAGCUGAAUGGGUACACUUCCAGAAGAACGCAGCUUUAGAAAAUUCCUUUUUCAGAAAAGGAAAAGAAGCAAAACCAGAGCACACUACAAACAUUUCAAAGGCAUACAGUUUUUGCACAACUUGUCUGCAUGUGAUAGUUCCAAAGUUUAACACACACCAGUAUCCAAAAGAAAGAGAAAUUAGAUAUAUAUGUUGGCACUACCUAUUGGAGGCAUUGGUGUGUCUUCUUUUUGGAUCAAAGUUUGUUGGCAGAGGAUUUCUUACAGGCCUCAGAUUAGGGGUCCUUUCCUUCCCUCUUUAUUUUAAGCCAUACAAUGUAGCUAUUACAGUUUUCCCAAUAUUCAUUCUGACCUUUUAAGCAUGAAUAGAAAGUUUUAAAUACACAAGAAGUUACUUGGACUUUGUCUCCUUUCAGCACAUCUGCCAGCAAAGCAUAAAUGCAUUUUAACUUUCAGUUGCUUUUUAAUUAGAUUUUAGAGCAUUGUUGCUGUAUGUGCUGCAGUCUUCUGCAGGAAGGUUUAAAAUAUUUUGUAGGAAAGGUUCUUCCUUAAAUUCCACAUAUUUUUUUUAAGUUACAUGCACUCAUUCAAUUUAAUUUUGGUUAUCCUAAUCUUCUUCCAUAACACAUUUUCAGAAAGAAGAACUACUUUUAAGAGUACUAUGUUUCCUGUGGUUACUUAGAGAGAUAAAACUGGACUGGUUUGGUGGCUUUGAUUUUUCUGAUCAAUGUUAGCCUCAAGGUCCU